AUGGGCGUGUUGGCCCCGGUCCCCUCUGUGUGGAUGACUAAGCCUGCCGCUUUUCUGGAAGUCCGCCUUGAGCUGUUCAUCGCGGCCAAUUUCGAGUACCAACCAAAUUCCCCAACUGCAAAAUGUCGACGAACGAGACAUUUUACCUCCGUUACUAGUCACUCUGGGCGGUUCGGGCACGAGUUCCUUGAAUUCGAUUUCCGAACCAUUGCCGACGGCAGCAGUGCUGCUGUGCGAUAUGCGAACAACUCGAACUACCGCAAUGACUCCCUGAUUCGCAAAGAGAUGUGUGUGAGCUCGGCGAUGAUUGAGGAGAUCAAGCGCAUCAUCAAGCAGAGUGAGAUCUUGAAGGAGGAUGAUUCAAAGUGGCCGCAGAAGAACAAGGAUGGACGCCAGGAGCUGGAAAUUCGACUGGGCAAUGAACACAUUUCGUUCGAGACUGCGAAAAUCGGCUCGUUGGUGGAUGUGACCGAAUCGGCCGACCCCGAAGGUCUUCGAGUGUUCUACUAUUUGGUGCAGGAUCUCAAGGCGCUGGUCUUCUCGCUCAUUUCUCUGCACUUCAAGAUCAAGCCUAUCUAA